CGCGGCAGUCGCACUAGGAAAACAGCUGAGACGAGCUCUAAGCUAGUUAGCAACGUUUGUUUUUGUCGAGAGUGUCAGCGAUUUGAGCAGUCUCUUUAGCAAACCGUUAUCACGCGAUUUAGGAGUGACUGAGUUGUUGUCUGUCAUCUCUUUCAACAAUGAAGUUCCAGUACAAAGAAGAGCACCCCUUUGAGAAAAGGCGGUCCGAAGGCGAGAAAAUAAGGAAGAAGUAUCCGGACAGGGUACCUGUAAUUGUGGAGAAAGCCCCCAAAGCCAGAAUAGGAGAUCUGGACAAGAAGAAAUACCUUGUCCCCUCCGAUCUGACAGUGGGACAGUUUUACUUCCUCAUCCGGAAAAGAAUCCACUUGCGGGCCGAGGACGCACUCUUCUUCUUUGUAAACAACGUCAUUCCACCCACCUCAGCUACCAUGGGACUGUUGUACCAGGAGCACCAUGAAGAGGACUUUUUUCUCUACAUUGCCUACAGUGAUGAGAGUGUGUACGGGAGCAGCCAAAGGGAAAUCUGAUCCCACUACCAUCCCCCCCCAACCACUACCCACCUUUCGGAGACCUCCACCAUGCAUUCAUUUAAAUAUUAAAUCCAGCCGAGCAGCUUGGAGUCCCCAGAGUAAAAAUAUGUCAAAUGCACUUUCACCACCCAUACAAUAGCCCUCUCCCACCCAUAUAUGUCUCUAUUAUUCUGCAGUCUGAAUUGUAUUUGCCUCCACUUUUCUUUUCACUUGCGACAUGAGGGAAGUGGUCUCGUGGCCAGUUUUUUUCUAGUGUCGUAAUUGAUAAUGCUUUACAAACUGAGCAGGAAUAACAAAGUAAUGUUAGAACUAAGCCGUAAAUAUAGUUACCCCGGGGUUAAGGGAAGAAAGACAGACAUAGUAAGUGAGUUCAAAUCAGAUCUUGUUGACAUUAUUGUUUGUCCAAUCUGCGUGCUUGCAGGAUUAUAUAAAGUGUGUUUUGAGUUUAGGUUAGGAAAUGAAUUGCAUCUACCAGGUGAAUGUAGGUGAUUUUUUCUCGGGCAAAGUAAAGGAUAACUGCUUUGCAGCAGUUCUUUUCCUAGAAAAAACUGAAGUCUGAAGGGGAAUUUAGUGGGCCGCCCCACAUCUGACCUUAGCAAGGAGUGUAAUAUAAUUCAGACUAAACAAUCAUCCUCUGCUUUAGGUGGUAAGACUAUUUUGACUGCUACUAUGAUUAUUGUUGUUGUUAUUGUUUCUUUAGAUGGCUUAAUUUCUAAAAGGUAUUGUAAAGCUCAGUGCAAUUUUCUCUUUUUUUAAGUUUAUCGCCUUUUUUUUAAAGAAAAAAAAAUAGAUUUGAACUCUGUAUACAGCUGCAUUGCUGGCUCUUUCUCUCCAUGACCAUACAUGAUUAAAUGUGAUUAAAAGCUACUUGUGUUA